AACACAUCAAGCGAUUCCAAGCCCAAGUUUCUAGCGUCUGCCACCAGAUGCGCCGUCGUGACCGCCUCAGUGUAGCUUGAGCUUCCUAUCGGUAAACAUCGCUCGAGUACGAGUUUAUUGUUGCGUCCUCGUCGCCACCCGAAUCCCUGCGACAGCGCGAGAACACAGUGCAUUGUUGUUGAAUUAUAUUAGUCACUCACCAACUGCGAAAGAUCGAUCAAUCGAUCGAGAACGAUCGAUUUGUCUCUUGCUAAUAACAAGUCCGGUCACCAGCCACCGCACCGCUGAUCCUGUUUGGUAUUAAUGGUGCAAUGAUAAAAGGAAAAGGAAAACAAAUAAUUAAAUAAACGAAUUGCAAUUAACGUAUACAAUACGUAUAUAUUUAUACUAUUGUACACGUGGACUUGACGGAUUUCCAGUAUUGGAGUCCGUCGCCGUCGUCGUCAGUCAGUCACAACGACCCCGCCGUCCGUAGUGAGACAUCGCGACGCGCGCUCCUUUACCUCUUUGAUCUGCAGUCGGGUAUCAAUCAGGAGCAAUCGUUUUACUUUUCUUUCCUUUUAUAAAUAUACCGCGUGUAGAGAGCAGUUGCCAAAAGUAUUCUCGGGCUCUGAUUGUCGCUUAAGUAGCAUAACUGGCAGGAGUCGGUCAUCUAGGAUAGUGUCUUGUCUUCUUUUCUCAUCUGUUCUAUUGCAAUUCAGAGGAAAAGUCUUUAAAGGGAUGAUCGUUUCGGAAAACAGUGAGAUAGACGAAGAACAGUAGUGUUUGAUCGGUGCGUGCGAAAUGUAAACGCGUUGGAUCUUUCGAACCGACGCGACGCGAAUAUGUGGAAAGAUGAUCCUGCGGGGGUUCAUACAAAAGCUCGAAGGAUCCAAGGACCUGGCCGGCCAUUGCCAACGGGGCGCCGCUAGAACUUAGGGAACGGACUCGCGCCAAUCCCUAGACAUGUAUGAAUUAUCGUUCGGAAAAUGUGUAUGUUUUAUAUUUCUAGUGAUUUUAGCAUUUUUGGGUUGUUCUGGUUUCCCCAUAGAUAGAAGACUUUCCACAAUGAGCGGUGACGUUAGUGCGUGGAAUUCCUAUACCUCAGUUAGUGUAACAGACUCGCCUUCUGCAUCAUAUUCUAAUCAUUUUCUUGAAAGACUUUUCACUACUUCGAAAAAUUACCUCCGGAAAAGCAAUACUGCUCCUUAUAAUACGUUCCAAAGCAAUAGUUACGUUCGCCCAUCGACCAUCGGGCAAACCAGACAGCUUAGAUUAAGACACCAUCGAAUUCGACACUCUUCCCAUCAACAAAUUAUGAAAUCUCGACAUCCAGAGGCCCAAGCUACACACGUCAACGAACGACCCAAGCCUUCUGGUAAGAUAGAGACAUUGAUCUUCCCACCACCCCUAUCCAGUACCCGUGUCGUUAACGAUCUCGAACCAUACCGAUUAACGAACGGCCCCUUAUCAAAGGGUGCUACGUCAUACGAUGAGGAUGAUGUUCGCCGCAUCGUGUCACGACCUCAAAGAUCUUCCGAUAAGAAAAGGUCAAGGAAAAGGAGCUACCGAUGCCAAAGACAGGACGUGGGCCGAAAAGCCUACAUUGCGAACACGGUGGUAAGGGCCAAAGCUGAAAGCAUGAGCUCCAAUCGCAUCCACAAUUAUUCGGUAACGUUUCGUAUACUCGAAAAAUUUAAAACGCCCUUUGCCAUCGACGAUACAUUGAGGCUGACCUUUUAUAACGAUACCAAGGACAUGAACUGCGAAUCCGAGGUCUCCGAAAGGACGCACGGUCUAGUCAAAGCGCAGAUUCUUCAGUCAAAAGAGUACUUCUUGUUCCUCGACAGUGACGGCAUGCAUAACUACUCUCUCGUAGGUAUGCCAGUGCUUAAGAAAAAAAGGAUUAAGGACCGAAAAAAUCGCGAUCUCGAAGAGAUUCGAAGGAUCACCAGAAAAAAUUUCGCAUGGCAAAGCGCAGCAUGGGAAAGCGCGAUGAAUUUCCUCUCUCUCGGUGGCGAUGUCGAUGCCGAUGCCGGUGAUAAUCCGCCGAUGACGGCGACCGUGCUACCGAAGAACAAACGGACGGACGUCGAAGUCUAG